CACAAGGCCCGGUCGCCGCAUCGGUCGAAAUGCUUCCUACAUUCCAACCGCCUUCGGGGCGGCUUUUUUUUUUCAUUUUUACGUACAUCCAUCCAGUCUGCUCCAUUUACGAUGUGUAUUCAGAGUAUAAAUACCGUACCGAGAGCUGAUGACGGCAAUCAGUAGCUAUCAGGGUCUACAAAGACAGCAAGAUGAGAUUUCUGAUUGUUUUCGCCGCCGCCGUGGCCUGCGCCAGCGCCGCACCCUCCCACCUGCUGCCAUACGCGGCAUACUCGGCCAUUCCCGCCAUCCCCAUCGGCGCCUUGCCCACCGUCUCCCCCGGAGACAUCCAGGCCGCCGCCAUCGAUGCCCACGUAAAAGCCGCUGACUAUGCCGUAGAAGUCGCCGACAAAGCCAGGCUUAUUUCCGAGCAAGCCGCCGAGAACUUGAACACCCAGGCAUACUCCAGCGCCGACCAGAACAAGGAACACUUGGCCGAUGCCUUCUGGGCUAACGAGGACAAGAAAUGGCAAGCUUUGGACGCCCUCAAGACUGCUGAGGCCCAGAUUGAUGGUGCCAUUGCCAGCAAGGCCGAUAUCUUGGCUAAGACCGCCAUUGGUGCCCCCUACGUAGCCGCCGUAGCUCCCGUAGCUGCUGUUGCUCCCGUAGCUCCCGUUAUCUACUCUGGCUACGCCGCUCCCGCCCUCAAGAGCUUCUCUUCGCAAACCCUCAUCCAGUCUCACCCUGAAGCCAUGAAAGCUGAGGGUGAGAGCGAAAAGGUUGAGGCGGCCGCGAAAGCCGCUGAGCCCGCUAAGGAAGCCGAAGCCGAGAAGGAGAAGCCUGCCGAAGCUGACUCUGCUGCCGUCGAAGCCGCCGCUGAGCUGAAAUCCGAAGCCGACAAGGCUUUCGCCGCCCUGCACGCUCCCGUGAUCGCGCCCGUCGCUGUAGCCGGUGCGUACCCGUACAACGCGGCGUACUCGUACAACGCGGCGUUCCCGUACAACGCUGCGUUCCCGUACUCCGGCGUGGCGGUUGCUCCCGCUUUCACUCACGCUGUCGCACCCGCUGUCGCCGUGGCCCAGCCCGGAUUCAAGUUCGCCAGCACCGUUCAGCACGUCGGCCCCUACGCAACCUCGUCCUUCCAGAAGUCUCAGUGGUGAUUUGAUUGAAAAAUUAUAAAAAAAAAACAAUUUUGUACUAUGUUCCCGGAAUAAAAUCUAUUAGUUCAAAAC